AUGACCAAGAUCCUGCCCCACUGCAGCCAAGAGGGCCCCCGGAGCAGGAAAAGGCGGCUGCAAAAUCCAAAAAUAGAGAAGGCAGAGAUUUUGGACCUUGCUGUUGAGUAUCUACACAAGUGGACCAGUGGGGCCAAUGAUGCAGCAAAGAUAAGACAUGCUGCAGCAGUCGAGGUGUCUCCCCCUCACCUCGAGCCCUCCCCCAUAGUCACCAUGGAGAGCGCUGGUUUCAAACGGUGCAUUGCCGACUUGACCGGCUACAUGCACAAAAUCACUCCAGCGCAGAGGAGCAGUCUCAUUGAAGGUCUGAGACGCCACACGGAAGGACAGCCGCCGCCUUCAAACGGCGAGCUGGAGCAGAGACUUGGCCAAAUGCCCCAGGCGUAUUUGGACUCAAGCUACUCGUCAGAUAAGAAAGAAGAGUCUCUCAAGUUUCCUUUCCUGUCGCAUUCAUUCAACCACUCUCCUCACUGCUCCACUCCGCUCCACGACUAUCUCUCUCCUCCUCACUCUCCGUGGUUUUCUCCUCUCUCCAGCUACUCCACGUCUCCUCCGUUCGUGACGUAUGCGUGUCACUUCACCUUCCCGCCCACUCCUUCGUCCUGUAACAGCGGUUUGGCCUCGCUCCCAGCGGCUGUGGCCUUCACCCCGACCUCAGGACUGUGUCUGCCCCUGCAGCUGCCUCCACAGGGGGCCAGCUCUGGCUUUGCUCCCCUCUGGAGACCCUGGUGA